CAGUCAGCCAUUCAUUCAAAUUCUCUCCGUGUUUAACGAACGGAAGUGAAGAGUUUCGGCGCCUUUUAAUAUUUACCAACAGUCAUUGUGGUUUACAGUCGAUUAAAAAAGGUCCAUUAACGUUCCUGUCCUGCGUAAUCAAGCAUUUCAGUAGUGUUUCUCUGUUCAUUAUCCACAUUUUCCGAAACUUCACAAUGUCUCAGCAGCAGAUCAGCCUUCCAGCCAAGCUCAUCAAUGGUGGUAUUGCUGGUCUUGUUGGGGUCACUUGUGUGUUCCCUAUUGACCUGGCGAAGACUCGACUCCAGAACCAGAGACAAGGUCAACAGGUCUACAAGAACAUGAUGGAUUGUCUAAUCAAAACAGUUCGAACUGAGGGGUACUUUGGCAUGUACAGAGGUGCUGCAGUGAAUCUUGCUCUUGUCACACCUGAAAAGGCCAUCAAACUGGCAGCCAAUGACUUCUUUCGUCAGCACCUUUCCAAGGAUGGGAAGGGGUUGUCUGUGUUCAAAGAAAUGUUAGCAGGCUGUGGUGCGGGCAUGUGCCAAGUCAUCAUUACUACUCCUAUGGAGAUGCUGAAAAUUCAGCUACAAGAUGCUGGGAGAUUAGCUGCUCAGCAAAGAAUGCCUGGUAUCCUGGCUGCCACCAAGCUGGCUCAGACAAACCCUGUGCUGAGCCGCUCCUAUAAUGCAGUGCCGAGUUCUGCUCGCCAAACCAUCUCUGCAACACAGAUCGCCAAAGAGCUGCUGCACACAGAGGGAAUCCAAGGUCUAUACAAAGGGCUAGGAGCAACACUCAUGAGAGAUGUGCCCUUCUCCAUUGUCUACUUUCCUCUUUUUGCUAACAUUAACCGUUUGGGUAAGUGCUCUGAAGAUGAUGUGGCACCAUUCUAUUGGUCGUUCAUGGCUGGCUGUAUAGCUGGUUCGACUGCUGCAGUGGCGGUUAACCCAUGUGAUGUGGUGAAAACCAGGCUUCAGUCCUUGAGCAAAGGUGCUAAUGAGGAGACCUACAAUGGAGUUCUCGACUGUGUGAGUAAGAUCAUGAAGAAAGAAGGACCAUUUGCUUUCCUGAAGGGGGCAGGCUGCAGGGCGCUGGUCAUUGCUCCUCUUUUUGGCAUUGCUCAAGUUAUGUAUUUUGUUGGAGUUGGUGAAUACAUUCUGAGUCAGAGAGCAUUUAAUGUCCUGUCUCCUUAAGCAAGUCUCCAGAACUGCCUCGACUGAACCUGCAUUGGGGAUAUGAGACGUGCACAAUCAAAUAUACAGAUUAGUUAGAUCGACAGCUUUGCUGUCGUUUUGUUUCCUUAGCUGGUUUCUGGCUAUUGCACUUCCUGUUUGGUUUGCUCACUCAUGAGUGGAUGUGGCCAACAUUAUGCACUUGUUGGUAAGGGCUUCUUCAGGAGGUUGUGUGUGUGUGAGUGAGAGAGAGAUGGUGCUCUACAUCCUUCUAGAAGGAUCUGCAAGCAUUUCCCCUCAGUGAGGGAUGAUGGUGUCACUAAUUAGGCACUAAGAUCAACAUGAUUUUUUUUUGUGUGUAGUGUCUGUCAGUCAUCUAUUUUUGUGUUUUGCUGUUAAUUACUAAUAAUUAGUAAUUUUUUUUAUUAUUAUUUUUUUCCCCCUGUUCCAUUUACCCCCCCCCCCCCCCCCCAAAUUGUGUUGACGUUUCUGAACUACCCAGGAUUGUGGGCAAAAGGGGUUUGGUGCCACAAGGCAGUUUGAACAGUAAAUUUAUAUAUUUAUAUAAUGUAAAAAAAGGAUGGCUGAGUACUGAGUUUUGUGGACCAGUUGAAAACAAAAUGUGCUGUUUUUAGACAAUAGGAGCUGUACAGUUGUUUUUGUACAAGGUACAUGCUAUGAUUUAUGAUGGUAUUAACUGCUCCUGCUCCUAUUAACAACUGAACCUAAAGCAAACAUUAACAAUCUAAUUCCAUUUUUACUUUUAAUCACUGUGCUAACAAACAUUCGUCUUAUGAUUGUUGUGACCCAACACCCCCUUUUUUUUUUUUUUUUGUGCACCAAUUUCCAAGGGUAAUGUUGACCUACCAUACUAAUGGUAAAUUUACAUCAUGUGGAGAAAAGGAAACAAAACAUUUCCUUGCUUCUGUGAACUUCAGGGUAAUAUCCAUGGCAUCUGCAUUGUUUCAUGUCAGUAAUGUGGAAAUGCACCAUCCCUGAUUACUGCAUUAAGUAAAUAGUAUAUUUGUACGAUAUGUCAGAACUGUGAAGGGCGUAAAGUGCCUGUGUGGCUUACACCUACUAGAUGAAUAGUUGUGCUAAAAAUUGCCCAGCUAGUUGUAUGUUUUUAAACUGCAUCUACAUUAUAAACAUCAUGGGACUCUAUUUGUUUGUCUACUUGAUUGUUACUGUCAUUUCAAGUGUUAGCUCAUUUUGUAAUAUAUUUAUAGAACAUUAAACAUCUAUUUGAACUUGUUGCUACA